AGUCAGUCACUCCACCGAAACUUGUUCCGACUGUAUGGAAGUCUAGUGGCUGUCGUCCAACAAAACAAAGUCUAGUCAAACCAAAGAAAAUAAUUGUUUUACUUAUCCACCAUCAUGCAGUAUUUAUCGUUCAUCGUGCUGUUGUCAAUCUUCUACUUUGUUCCAAUCAAUGCCUUCAUUAACAUGGCUGACGUCGAUUGCGGAGUGGCUAAAUUCAGAGCGGCUAAAAUCGUUAAUGGGAUCGACGCCGCCGAAGGAGAAUUCCCGUGGAUGGUCUCAUUAGUGGGAUUGCGCGGUGAGCGGUUUUGCGGUGGCGCCCUCAUCCACAAGAAAUGGGUCUUAACUGCGGCUCACUGCAUUACGAAAGAGGCGUCGCAAUUUCACAUCGGAGUGGCCGGGGUGAGCGCCAAGGCCCGCGACGGAGCCAACACGGCCCGGAAGGGAACGCGACUGUUGCGCGUCAAUCGCAUCGUCAACCAUCCAUCUUACAAUCCGUCCAAGAGCAAAGUGGCCGACGACAUCGCCCUGAUUCAAUUGGACCAGGAGGCCGAAUGGAACGAUCUGGUCCAGCCGUCCUGUCUGCCCAAUCCAGACAAAGAUUCCUACACCGGAAUGAUGGCCACCGUUGCCGGAUGGGGUCUGACCAACGAGAUCCAAAACGGCGGUCAACGGCCAAACGCCCUACAGAAAGUUGACCUGCCCAUUAUAGAGAACAAGGUGUGCCAGGAUUGGUACAAAGAAGAAAAGAAGCCGCUGACCAUCGUCGACACCUCCAUGUGUGCCGGAUUCGAACAAGGUGGCAAAGAUUCUUGCCAGGGUGACAGUGGCGGGCCGUUGAUGAUCAAAAAGGACGGACGCCAUCUACUUGUGGGAGUUGUCAGCGCGGGAGUCGGUUGCGCCAGGCCACGAUUGCCGGGACUUUACACGCGGGUCAACAAAUAUCUCGACUGGAUUUCAGAGUUGAUACGCGGAGCGUGAUUCACGGUAGUUCAAUACGAAAGUGAUAUUCAAAUUUGUCAUCGU